UUUCAGUUCAUAACAGACAGCUGCUUCAAAGGGCCAAACCGGCAAACUAAACAAACCUCCCUUUCUCUGAAGCUGCUCUCUGGUCCGAAGUCCCAAAGACUGAAGGUCGAUGCAUUAGGGAAAAAUGGACGACGCAGAGAAAUUGACGGCCUUGAAGAGGGCGUACGCGGAUAUAAUUUUGAAUACGGCGAAGGAGGCAGCGGCUCGCAUAAUGGCGUCGGAGCGGAAAGCUUUCCGGCUUCAGCAGGAGCUUUGUGCUACUAAAGACGAGUCGCUCCGUAUGCUUCUUCGGCUGAAACAAAUGAUGGAUUUCAAGGUAAAAGAGGCAGAGGUGACAUCCUCGAGUCAGCAGAAAAAGAUUGAAGAACUUGAAGCACAGCUCCAAGAAGCUGAGGAUAUAGUAAAAGAUCUCAGGGAAGAGUUGACAGAAGUGCAGGGUGAAUUGGAGAACGUGAGAAGUAACCAGAUCAGGCAUUUGGAGGAGCAAGAUUUAAAUGGUGAUCCAGCUACUCAGGAAGAACAGCUGCAGGAGAACAGAUUGGAUAGUUUUGGGUCAUUUGCAUUUCCUCCUGAUCCACAUUCUCAAGUUAUUGCAACUUCUGAUGUGAAGAGUUCAUCUUUGGAUCAGAGAUUUGAUGGCAAUAAGUGCCACAGCGCAAAUGAUUCUAUUAUGGAGGUUUGCUACAUUGGUAAACCUGAUUUUGCCUCAUUAAUAAUGAGAAGCAAAGAACCGGAGCUUUAUAGAAAUGGAUGCACUCAGAGAAUACGUGCAUUGGAAGGGAGCUUGUUGGAUGGGAAGUGUUCUCUUCAUGGACAUGCAGAUGAAGCAAAUAAUGAAACAAUAGUCAGAGAAGAUGAGGAAAAUGAACAUACCUGUAUAAAACCUGCUGCCAAGGCUGACAAUAUGUGUCUACUCCCAGCAGGAUUUGAAGAUGUCAUGCAGGAAAAUAAUGGCUGCAACAAUAGUCAGGCUGUUAAACCCACCCGCAGGAAAAAAAGAAGAGCUGCUAGAUAUAGGAGAGCUAAAAAGUAUCUUCCUGAUAAGAUUAUGGAAACUCAUCAAACAUCUGAUCAUUCUUGUUCCCAAAAUGACCUGUAUUCAUUGAAGAACAAUGUUCAAGCUGGUGAAGCUCCUUUUAUGAUAACUGAUGAUGUUGCUCAGAAGCAUCUAGAAUCCCCUUCGCCCCCAACAUUACCCUCUGGUUCAAUGGAAAUGGGUAUGCAGUCAGGAUGUGUACAAGUUAAUGAAAGCGCUGCAGCAGUUCUUAAAGCUUGUAGUGUUCAGAAUGCUUCAAGCCAGGAUAAGGGAUUGGUAGAGAAUUCAAUGCUGAUAAGAGAGGAAAGUGGAUCUGCACAGAGUUCAGCAGUUCCAGUGGAGCUUGAGAAAGUUGACUUUCCAUUGAUAAGCUCAGAUUUGAAAGCAUCUGAUACAGCUGAUGAUGUUCCUAGUCAACCUGGAAAUGGCAAGUUUCUAAAAUACACAUUCACAAGGAAGCGGAAGAAGGAAGCUUUGAGCAGCUCUGUGGUGAAUGCCUCUUUUAUGGAGAGUGCUUUAAAGAAAAAGGCAGGAGAGAAACAAAAUGGUUCUCUGGAGCCACAAAAAUCUAGCUUGACUAUUGAAUCAUCUCGAGACAGUCGGCGGCUUGCACAAGUUGCUCGUCAGGUUGGUGGCAUAUUUAUGUUUUCCCAUAUAUAAAUAUGCAUCUCUAUAUUGUUUCUGCUAAUUUUCUCUCGAGUUCAUACAACAUUUUUUAAGGUUCACUUGGUAAUGGUGCAUGUUGGAUUGGAUUGAAAUGAUCACUCUUAGUAGCCCAACUGGGUCCAGCUGAACCAGAAUAAUUAUGCUUGUAUACAGGUGGGCUGGCCCAAAGUUGGGAUGCCAAUUCUUAUUGCCAUUUCAUAUACUAGGACUAGGAAAAUUAUGAUGUAAAGUUGCAAGAAUGUUGAUGAAUCCAGUUGCACUUUCCUGAAGAUAUUCUCUGAUGCUGCAUUUAAUGUAUUUGAAUUAUUGAUUCAAUCAGAGAAAAUAAGUGAAAAAGGGAAAAUUGAUCAACCAAGAGGUUUGAUUUGGUGGGAUAAUGGCAGAGGAUUGAUUUUUGUCAAGUUGAAUAUUGCAUUCCGUCACUAUUAAUGGGACUGUAGAGGGGCACCAUUCAUGAACAUUGUAGCUGUAUGCACCAUGAGCACUUCUGAAGAGUUCUGUAGCACAGCACUGCUGUUCACAGGUGGUAUUUUGGGGUUGCUUUUAUGUCAAUAUGGGUCCUUUGUCAAGGGUUCCUUGGAUUGUUAUUUUCAAGUACUUCUGCAGUUUUUAUUUUAUUUAUAUAGUUCAUUUUUACGGUCAAGAUUAUUUUA